AAAGCCUUGUGCUCUCUCUCGUCUCUCUAUUCCAGAGAAAGGGAAAUAACUCUCCUUGCUGAUACUUUCUACUCGGCUUUGCUUUGAUUUACUUUUAUUCUCUCUCCACAAUAAUAUUGCCUUUGGUCUUUCUGCAAAUCUCUUCGUUCUCGUCGCUCUGUGUGUUCUUCUUCCGAUCUUGGCUUCAAAACCAAAGCUAUUCCUUUUGAUUCAAAACAGAUGUUCUCCUCUUGAUUCCAGUCACCAAAAAAAAAGCCCCUAUGGAAGAGGAGAGUAACGUCACUAGCUCCCCUUCAACGCGGCUUAGGCAUCGAAAGCGCUCCUCUACUACCGAGGCUGUUCUUGAUGGGAACCCAAGCCCUCUCCUUGUCAAUGAUCAAAACAAGUACAAAUCUUUCAUGGUCCGGACGUAUUCUACAAUAUGGAUGAUUGGUGGGUUCGUCAUGGUUGUCUACAUGGGCCAUCUCUAUAUCACUGCCAUGGUGCUUGUCAUCCAGAUCUUCAUGGCCAAAGAGCUCUUUAAUCUCCUCAGGAAAGCACCUGAGGAUAAAUGUCUCCCUGGUAUCAAACACCUCAAUUGGCAUUUCUUUUUCACCGCCAUGCUCUUCGUGUAUGGCCGGAUCCUUAGUCAACGGUUAGCUAAUACUGUCACUGCUGACCAGUUCCUAUACCGUCUUGUCAGCGGCCUAAUCAAAUACCAUAUGGCUAUCUGUUACUUCUUGUAUAUUAUAGGUUUCAUGUGGUUCAUUCUGACACUAAAGAAGAAGAUGUACAAGUACCAGUUUGGCCAAUAUGCAUGGACCCACAUGAUUUUGAUUGUCGUCUUUACUCAGUCCUCCUUCACUGUUGCUAACAUUUUUGAAGGAAUCUUCUGGUUUCUUCUUCCAGCAUCCUUAAUUAUAAUCAACGACAUCUUCGCUUACAUUUUCGGUUUCUUCUUUGGAAGAACGCCCUUAAUUAAGCUAUCUCCGAAGAAAACAUGGGAAGGAUUCAUCGGAGCCUCUGUCACAACUAUCAUCUCUGCAUUUUUUCUUGCUAAUAUUAUGGGUCGUUUCCCAUGGCUGACAUGCCCUAGACAGGAUUUAUCCACUGGCUGGCUACAAUGUGAUGCGGAUCCAUUGUUCAAGCCUGAACCUUUUACCUUACCUGCGUGGAUUCCAGGAUGGUUUCCUUGGAAGGAAAUGGAGGUCCUCCCUGUUCAGUGGCAUGCGUUAUGCCUCGGUUUGUUCGCAUCGAUCAUAGCACCUUUUGGUGGGUUUUUCGCCAGCGGGUUUAAAAGAGCAUUCAAAAUCAAGGACUUUGGUGAUAGUAUUCCAGGACACGGUGGGAUCACGGAUAGAAUGGACUGCCAGAUGGUAAUGGCAGUAUUUGCUUACAUAUAUCUCCAGUCAUUUAUAGUCUCCCAAAGCGUUUCCGUUGACAAAAUCCUGGACCAGAUAUUGACGAACCUUACCUUGGAGGAACAACAAGCUCUCUUCACGAGAUUAGGCCAAAUGAUUGGUUACUCGUAGUUUCCCACUGCCAAAAAAAACUUUUCUUCAGAUUCUUCCAAGAACAGCUUCUGUAACUCUGAAUCAGUACUAGAGACAAUCCUUUGAAAUUGGAUAAGAUUUGUUUUAUGGCAUUGUAAAUCCUCUCUUGAAGUUAGAAGUUUUUUACUUCUAAAAAGGUCCUCUCAUUUGAUGCAAUAUGUUUGAAGUUACAAUUGCAAAGUUGUAUCUACUAUCUGCUUAGCUACUAGCAUCGGUAGUUCAUAUGUAUAUGUAUAUCGAUAAGCUUAAACAAUUUUUUUUUGUUCCA